GACGUGUGACGUCACUGACUGAAUGUGCGUGCAUUUGAAUAACAAAAUAAAUCGGGAGGUGUACGAGUCCGCUUCAUAGUCUGUCAGUUACUCUAACGCCGACCUGUUACCCACAUGAACUAUUCGGAUACAGCUUGAUGGAACAGUAGCUUCCCUCUAUCCUUUUCUCCCACAAUAUAUCUUCUGUUCACCAUCACACACGGCUAGCUAGCGGUGAGCACUCGGCGCGGUGGGAUUCCCUGACUCUAUCAUUGCUGUGAUAUCGUCGAACGCUUGGACACCGUAGCGCCUCAUCACAACUAUAGAGGGGUUACCGAGCCUUGAACACUAUGAGAUCUAAUGAAAUGGCGAACCACACCACUACUGGGCUUAACACAGAGACGACCAUUGCGCUGUCACAGAGCAUGGAUUCUGUCAACACCACACCAGAAGAAGAGGUGCGGACGCUCUUCGUCAGUGGACUACCCAUGGAUGCAAAACCAAGAGAACUGUACUUGUUGUUCAGGGCAUAUAAGGGUUUUGAAAAUGGUUUAUUAAAAGUUAUGGGGAAGCCUGGCAAAAAUAACUGUGGAUAUGAAGGUUCACUUCUCAAGGUCACCAACAAAAACGGCAAAAACACAUCACCAGUGGGAUUUGUCACGUUCAUAUCCAGAGUGGCUGCUGAGUCGGCCAAACAGGACCUUCAGGGAGUAAGAUUCGACCCUGACCUCCCCCAGACUUUGAGAUUGGAGUUCGCCAAGAGCAACACAAAAGUGACAAAGCCUAAACAACAGUCUCCGCAGCUCGCUGCCACCCACCCGACCAUCAUCCACCCUCUGACAGGACAAGAGUUAGGUGCCGCCUUUUUCCCGGGCUGCCCCGAAGCGUGGGCCCCUCACCCUCUUGCUCCGUACCCCGAACUGGCACCGACAGCGGCAGCGUUACACCACACUGCACUUAUUCAACACCCGGCUCUAGCACAGGUACCGGUGCGGAUUCAGAAAGCACCUCCACCCUGUGCAACAUCUCCUGGCUCCGUAUGGCAAUACCAGGCGGGUAUGUUCACAGAACAGCUGAACUCUGUUUUCCCACAAGUUCAGCCUACCACGCUGAUAGCCCCGCAAGCUACCGUGACGGCCGUGCCCCACCCCUCAAUGGCGUCUACGCCCGUCCUCGCUAGUCCGGUGUCGCAGGUGAAUACCACCACCACCUCAGCACAGCAGAAUGCCCCCUGUUCCACGUUGUUUGUAGCUAAUUUGGGACAGUUUAGCUCAGAGCAGGAACUCAAAGACUUGUUUAACAGUUUUGCAGGAUUUAGCCGACUGCGUAUGCACAAUAAAGGAGGAUCACCUGUAGCUUUUGUAGAAUAUCAGGAUGUUGCUCAGGCCUCAAUGGCAAUGAAUCGCCUUCAAGGCUUUGUUUUGCUCUCUUCUGACCGAGGAGGACUUCGUAUUGAAUAUGCAAAGAACAAAAUGGGGGAAGUGGGUUCAGAAAUUUGAGGAGUUGACGGAGGUAAAAAGGAUGACUUCAACAUUCUACAGUCCCCAGUUUCCAUGGCGACAGCAUUUUGAAGCACUAUAGUUACCAUGGUUACUGGAGUCGACUGUGUUUUGUGAUAUCAACCAAUCAUAACUUUUUAAUCAUGGUAUCCUAGGCAACAAAAUUUCUGCAGAUGAUUGUGUUUUGUGAGCUCUGAUGCAAAUGAGUGACAGUAUAGUGUAGGAAGUUGUAUUUCUGAUUUGUAUAAUCUGACCAAUGUGUUUUUUGAAAUCCAGUUACUGUUUUGUUUCUUUUUUGUAAAGUUAAAAUGAAACGAUGGAUGUUUCCUCAUUGUUUCCUGUUUCCGUGUGUGUUGUCCAUGUUUGUUGAUGCUAGAUAGUAGAUUGUUUCAUAGGCAAAUAGCACUGGCGCCAUUGUUACCAUUUUACCCUGCUGGUAAUGUCUUGGUAAACAGUAUUCUUGGACACAAGUUUGGAACAGUAGAAUUUCUCGACCCAUUCAGCUGUGUGUUAUUUAUUUGUGUAAACUAUCUGAAAAAUACAGAUAGAUAAAUAUAUUUUGAAACAUUUGAUGAUCUGGUCCAAUAAUUUCCUAAUGCAGCUGAAGAAUCGCAGAUAAAUGUGAAAUAUGGUUGAUCUGAGUAAAAUAGUCAAGAUGAUUGUUUUGAUUGGUCAUGAAACCAUUAACGAUAUUUCCAGUAAUCCAGCAGGGAAUGGCGCCAGACAAGUGUCCAAUAUAUGUGCAUGUGCAUUGUCGGCUGGGUUUAGGAUCGUUCAACUCGACUAAGUCUCCGUCCAAAUUCCCUUGUACAUAUCUACUUGGAUGUUAUCAUUAUGCCAACAUCGAGAAAAAUAAACUAAUGGCCACUCUUUCUCCACGCGCCGGCCCUGUCUUUCCCUCGAUACCGACAGCGACUUCAGCAGGAUGGAAACGCGAUUUUCACGACCAUCUUUCCCGACCUUAAAGUGUGGUAUUGUCAUCUGUGCAUGAAUGCUGCCGAAAAAAAACACUCGAUGUCCCUUGUCCUUGUUUUGUCGACGUGCCUAUUGUUUAGGUGUGGUGAAUACGCGCGGCGCGAGCAUUAAAUGCCGGAGGUGAAUUUGUCAUCGACUUUGCAUUAUGGGUAAUGUAUAUUGGACGACUGAGAGUUCAACUGCCCUUUGACCUUUGACCUUUUAUGGUGCGCAUACUCAGGGCAGACAAUUCUGUGUGCUUGUUCCGACUUUUGAUGCAUAAAUGUGAAUGAUAUAUAUAUAUAUAUAUAUAUAUUGUGUAGAUAAAGGACCAAUGUGGGAGACAUCCUUUCCUGUGGUUCCCCGAUAACAUUUUCCACAAAACAGAUCAUAUAGACGUUUUUAUACUGUUGCCAUUUAUGCAUGUGAAGAAAUUAAGUAAAUUAGUCCGUAGAGGUUAGAGACAAAUUUGACAUGUUUGUAAUUCUGGCUACCGAGUCAACCUAAUUAGUGCCCGGGGGCAUUGAACAGUCAGAAGACGAAGGUCCUAGCUGCCGUCAGGGAUGAGGGUGUUUUUUCCCCAUCAAAGAACCGUAGAGUUCAGAUUGGCAUGUUGUGGCUCCUAUGGUAACUGUUCAGGGCUUUACCUUAACCGAAAGUAAUCAGUAUCUCGGACAGGACUGGCUGAAACGUUUCAUAAUCUGAAAUGAUGUUGAUGGGAAGAAGAAUAAAUUAUGGAUAUCAAAAUUGUGACAUUGGUAAUAUCCUACACAAAUUAUUGUGAUGAAAACCGAAACAGAAGACGGAAUGCUAUCUGUCAAUCAUAUUUUACAGACUAGAUACAAUUUGUAAUUGUUAGCUAUGAAUGCAUGAAUGUGUCUUCGGAUGUAUAUUUUCAUUUCUGCUCAGAGUUACUUGUCAGAUGUUUACUGAUAAUUCAUCUCUAUUUAGUUACUGAUUAUCGACCUCUAUGAUCUACACAGGUAUCUAACCCACAUCAGAUAAAGUUCAGCAGUCGGCAGCGACUCCUAUGUUCAUGAAAUAAUAUGGAAAUACAUUAGGGUCAAAGUUCUGGUUAACCAGGAGGAAUAUCACAAGAGAUGACGGAACUCGUACAGUAGUCACGGCAAUGGUAGGUAUUGUCCCAGGGUCUAGUUAUGUUGAUUUCAGUAUUGUUUUUCUCUAACAACGAUUGGUCCUUUUUCUAUGUCCUUGAGUGAUCUUACAUUGCAAUUCCCAUUCUAAAUGAUCGAAUUUGUUACCUAGCAGGCCAAUAGUUGGCCGAUAAAUUGUCGUCAUUCCAUGUCUCUGUAUCAUGGUGUUACAUGUGGUGUCGAGAAAUCCUGUUUACAAAUCAAAAUAUUACCAAAUAAGGACCUAAUGAUACAACGUUUACUCGCUGAUACAAAGGUGUUGUGAUACAUAUGCAUCGAACAGUUGAUAUUCAUUCAAAUAUGGCAUUAUGUUUGUUGGAAAUUGACAACUUGAGUGAAAUCUAAAGGAACCGUGCCUUUGUAUCACGAUACAUUGUAUAUUGCAACCAUGAUACCUGUUUUGCAUCCCAAGUAUCGUUGUAUCGUGAAAUAGUCAUAACAGAAAUCCAGAAUGUAUUUAUGACAAAUCCAUAUCAAAUAUGACCUGUGUUGCAGGGAUGUGUUCAAGGCCGUGAGAAUAUUAAUCCAAUGUUUCUCAUACAUGUGUUCCUAUCAAAUAUGCCACACUGGGUUGGGUAUUUGAGUGGAGGAAACAUUUUCUUCUUCUCGACUACAGAAUCAUACUCCACAAAGUUCAUUGUUUUUAUUUAUUGUACAUUUGUACACUGGUUAAUUUUCACACUUUUCACUCUCUAAAACACAAAGAAGUCAAAAGAUGGGUUACUUGGGUAAUGGGCAUAAAACUUUUCUGAUUUCAAGUUUCUUUCCGAAGGUGACAUUUGAUUUAUUGAUUUUUUCCUAAAGUGUCAUGUCUUUGACGAGAAACAUUUCGUUGAUACUCAACAGCCUUUACAAACUGUGUUGGUCUAUUUAUUGCAAUACUGUGUUUCUGAAUGCAGAAAAUCCAUCAAAUAUACAAACUAUGUAUUUAUCGAUAUUUAAUACCCCUAACUUAUUGUUAGUUUGAGCUGGUUUGUUGUUGAUGUGGCUGUAGCAGCUGGUCCGCCUUACUGUUAUGUAGUGAACGUGAUGCUAUAGCUGCCGAGAUUAACUGUGGGUAGAGAAACUGGUCAUGCUUUAGUUGUUGAUAAUGGUGGUUUAGUGUGGAGUUGCCAACCAUGAGGACAUGGUGGUAGAAAAUGAACAUACUGUCCUGAAAACUGAUAUUUUCGUAUUGUGAGGGAAUUAUGUAAGAUUUGGGUUUGUGAAUAACCAACAUUCAGCUUCAUUUCAGUGAAAUAAUUGAAAAACAUCUCUUAUGUAAAACAAGAUGAAAGAUAUGUAGCACAAAGUCAUAAACUUUAUUGAAAUAUUGUUCUGAAUCUGAAAAGUUUGAUAAAUGUUGGUUAUGUCAGUUCCCAUGGAAACAAUAAAACAAAACAAAGCACAAAUGCUAUUUUCUUCACAACUAAUGGUUUCAGCUGUGAGAUUUAGAAACAAGGUGGCCAUGUUUUCAUGCUGGAGACUGUCUCAGUGUUUUACUAACACUAGUUGUCCUACAUGUAGUCUCUCUAUACUGCCAGGGAAUCCAGGGUAUGCGGGCAGUGGAAUGGGAAAAUAGUCCUCAUUCAGUCCUUCACAUGUAUUUCAUUGUAAAUUGGACUUAAAGUCAUCAUACCAGUAAAUUAUCCUCACUCAGAAAAAAACUAACUCAUCAUUUCUACAUUUUGCGAUAGUGUGCUUUGUUGGUAGUAUGUGAUGAAUUCCGCGGUUCAUUUAUAUAUUGUUGAUUUUUCUCGUACAGUGUAUUUAUCAUGUUUGAUUAUUUAUCUAUUUAUAUCUAGGGGUAUAUAAAUAGACCAUCUGUGCUCAUGUAGAAAGUAGACUUUUGUAAUCUUUGUUAACCCCUUCUGUUGCGUUUCCACGGAGAUGUGAUACAAAGGGUUAAUUAUAUGGAACGAACAAGAUAUGGACGUCGCUUGCAGUAUGAUAUUGUUUCUAUUAAGCCUUUAAAAGGAGUUAUUAUGAGCCUAUGAAAUUCUAUUCCUUGUUUGACAUUGUGUGAUAAGCCUAUCAACGGAAAGCCUCAAUGAUCUUGCAGAUAGUUAAUGUGUAAAGGUCAUUGUUUGUUUAUCUGUCAUGUUCUGUAAACAAUGAUUUGUAUAUUUGCAUGUGAAUGUUAAAGAAAAUCUUUGUGAGGGUUUCACUUACCAACGAGUGUACAGUACGUAACAUUCCAGCCAAUCAGAGAACGGCAUUUUGUAGGUCAGGGCGUAGGGGUCAUCUUGCCCAUCUACAUGCUCGAUCAAGUUGUAGUGAUGUGCCCCAAUGUAGCUCCCUUAUAUUGAGGGGUUACAUGGUGUAGCUGCCUUAUAUUGAGGGGUUACAUGGUGUAGCUGCCUUAUAUUGAGGGGUUACAUGGUGUAGCUGCCUUAUAUUGAGGGGUUACAUGGUGUAGCUGCCUUAUAUUGAGGGGUUACAUGGUGUAGCUGCCUUAUAUUGAGGGGUUACAUGGUGUAGCUGCCUUAUAUUGAGGGGUUAUAUGGUGUAGCUGCCUUAUAUUGAGGGGUUAUAUGGUGUAGCUGCCUUAUAUUGAGGGGUUAUAUGGUGUAGCUGCCUUAUAUUGAGGGGUUACAUGGUGUAGCUGCCUUAUAUUGAGGGGUUAGAUGGUGUAGCUGCCUUAUAUUGAGGGGUUACAUGGUGUAUCUGCCUUAUAUUGAGGAGUUACAUGGUGUAGCUGCCUUAUAUCCAAGAGCUAUAUAGUGUAGCUAUCUUUUGUGAGGAGAUACAUGUGUGUAGCUGCAAUACAUGGAGGGCUACAUAGCAUACCUGUAUUUUAUGACUUGCACACGUGUAUCUGCCUUUUACAGAGGCCUUCAUGAGUGUGGUUGCCUUAUACUGAGGAGCUACAUGAAUGCAGCUGCCUUAUGUUGAAGAGCUACACGAAUGCAGCUGUCUUAUACUGAGGAGCUACACAAAUGUAGCUGUCUUAUAUUGAGGAGCUACAUGUAUGUAGCUGCCUUAUAUUGAGGAGCUACACGAAUGUAGCUGUCUUAUAUUGAGGAGCUACAUUGUUGGCACACAACAUAGAUAAUCAUACCUGUGGGGAACAUGCAAUGAUGUAACUACAACUGUAUCCCAGCUUGUGAUGUUUCAUACAGUGUUGGAAUUACAACAUUAUAUAGUACAAUAAUUUUGUUCUGAAAGUAAAAUGGCGAUGUGCCUGACCAAACUUGGUGGUUGCAACUUGGGGUGUCAUGAUACAUCAAGAUUAGCGUGAAUGUAUUCUGUAUCGAUGUGAGUCGAAAAACUGCUUGAAGUAUUUAUUUGCUCCUCUUUCAAUGCCCUCCCAUGAUGUUAUCAUUCAAAUAUUUUAUAAUGGGUUUUUCUAAGUUUUAUUACUGAAAAUAGCCAUUACAAACAUGUUCUACAGAUUACUUUUCACUUUGAACCAGCUCUGAAAUAUUGAUGGUCAAAAGUUUCCAUUUCAAUUUGACGUAAAUAUGAGUAUCGAUUUGACGUAAAUAUGCGUAUCGAUUUGACGUAAAUAUGCGUAUCAAUUUGACGUAGAUAUGCGUAUCAAUUUGACGUAAAUAUGCGUAUCAAUUUGAUGUAAAUAUGCGUAUCAAUUUGACAUAAGUAUGAGUAUCGCGAUAUUAAUCGUAUCAUGACUUGUGUAUUGUGAUACAGACCUUGCUGUGACAUUUCCCCCCAAGUUCCCAACACGUGGACAGAUUCCGUUAUUUGGGUACCCGAAGACCACCAGUCCAAUCAUUGCUUGUUCACCACUUACCAGGUCCUCCUCGCCAAGGCUGUGUGCUUUAGAUGUGGGACUGUAUGGUCUUCGAGUAAUUCAUGUUUAAUCAACUGUUUGCAUGACAAUGACUUCAAUAAUAAUCAAAAUACGGUUUACAUGUACAACUUAGACAGGGAUCCUAGUUGACUUUGUGUAGAUAGAUAUGUUUAAUUACCAUCAAAACUUUUGCCUUCAUUCUCCCAUGUCAUAUAUGCUUAACCCUUUACCUGAACAUCAUGUCCUUUCUCUGUUUUUCAUUCUCCUUGUGAUCAAAGGUAGAUGUGUUCUCCCCGUAUCAGCAUACAAUCUGACUUUUAGAGCUGACCAUCAAAAUUAUCUUGAAAUCAAACUAAAAUUGAUCUCAAAGUUCCGCAUUCAAAGAUGGACGGAAUUGUUCAAAAUUAAUUUCAAAUGAGUUAAAGUAGAUAAAAAACAUAAAAUGUAUUUGAAAUUAUUAGUGUUCACCUUUGACCAGGAUCAGCUGUAGAGGUUGAAUUUAUUACGAAAGGUGUUGUCAGUGUGAUUAGACAUUUUUCAUGAACAGUGUUUUUGGGGGAGAUUUGUGUAAAUUGUGUCAAGUUUUGUUUAUUGGUAUCAAGCAUAAAAGUGCAUGAGUUGUUCCCCUUGAUUUGACAAAUUCUCCAUGUUUUUCAAAAUAUGAAAUUGUUCUAUGUCCAUGUUAAAUGUAUGAUCCGGAUGAGAGAUACAAAUUUUGUCAUUUAUUGAAAUAAAUUGUAUUUUUCCAUGUAAAGAAUCUUGGUUGAGAACUCCAAUGCAUUUCAUAACGAAAUCAACAAACGGUUGUGACAUUUAAAUACUCAUUUACCUCCAGGUUAGAAACCUGCAAGUGCAUGCGUACCCAUUUGAGUUUCAAUUACCUGUCAAAUUUGAUUUUAAAUGGAAAUAACCCAAUUUCCUCUGCUUGUAUGAACGCCUGAUUUCAAAGCUAAACUCAAAUGCAAAUUAAUUUUUGUCCAAAAAUUCCAAUCCGAUUUGACCUUUGGUAGACCUGUUUCUGUUACAUUACUGGUAGGGGCAAUUCUGUACAUGACUGUCGCUCCCAAACCAACUAUUUUGUUGUGCAAUGGACAUGUUUUUGCUCAAACCUCAGAGUUCAUUAGGGAUCAUGUGACUGUGUCGCCAUGGAGAUACUUUGCAUAAUAUUACUACAUUACUUGAGUUCCACUGUGUAAAUAGUUCGGUAUAGUUCCCACCUGAAAGCCAGUAUUUAGUUUCUUGCUGUUAGUUUUCAUUCUUUAGUUCAUGCUAGUUCAUGACAGUUUAGUUCGAUACAUUUAUGAUUAUUUAUCUUUUGUUUCCAUUUUUUUGCAAUUUGUUAAUUUGAACACUGCAGUGGGGAUGCAAUCACUGCUUUUUCAUCUUUCUCUCACAAUGUACAUAGACAGCACAAGUUAAUAUUUGGGGGAAACCGACCAUCGAAAGGUGUCUUCUCUUAAGUUCAUCAGACAUUUGUCUGCUCUCUAACCAGCAUCUCCAAAGGACACAAAGGAUUGUUUACAAAUAUAUGUAUCCAAUCCUUUGUUGGUUUUCCUUGAUGAAUCAUUUAGUAAACAUUUAACAAUUUCAGUGUUAUUCGAGGCAAUAUCCCGAUUUUAUGAUUUUGAUUUCUGGGAUGUUUGUGGUGAGAGCUGACCAGUCGUGGUUGAUGACUUUCCUAGUCUGAUGAACAUUGGAGAUGGGGCCGACAGCUACAACCUGUGAUGUAUAUAGUUCGCAGAAAUGGGAUGACACAGUCACAUGAUUGCUGUAGAUUUUGGUUUUUAAGAAUAGCUAGUUUGGUGGACUAUUUUUAUCCUGAAGUUAUCGUUCUAUACAUUGAAUAAAGGUGAAUUCCUGAAAUAUUA